UCAAAUCGUUGUCAUUUGCUGAUUAGUAUAGUUUCUUGAAACUUUGUCUGUCUAUAUAUGCUUUGCCUCCAUUGAACCAUUGUUGUUUACUAGACCAGACCACAACAAAGAUUGCUCGUUCCUUCUCUGCUCAAGCAACUACCAUGCCUUUUCUCAUCGGAGAUACUCGACGGAUCUUGUUCUUAGACCAUGAAAAGAUCAAGGCCAAGUAUGGAUGCAAGUCCAGCAUCAUCUUCAUCAUCAGUUCUGAAUCCGCCCACCAUAAAAAACUGAUGUUGGAACCAGGCGUUCGGAUAGCCACACGGGUCAUCCCCAUCAUCACUCCUAAUCUACGCGUCGAUGAACAAGAUUUUCUGGCUUGCACCAACGAGGAGGAAGCCUAUUCAAAGAUUUCUGACUUGGUGGCUUCUUUGGAUAUCAACCCCAGUGAUAAACAGAGCAUUGGCUAUAGUUUAAUCAAGCAGGCACGAAUACUUUCACGCAGAAAUUCCUCAUCAGGUACCAAGUUGAUGAUAAAAGUGGAGAUGCAUUUGGAAACAGAAUAUUGGUGGCAAGGCACAGUUCCUGCUACUUGCUCAUCUAUCGCGAAUUUGGAAAAAGGAAGACUUGCAGAUUUUGCCGGGGAGGAGCAGUGUGGUGAGAAAAGUUGCCCCAUCUGCUUGGAGGAGUUUCAGGUGCUGUCUCAGGUUAAGCGCAUGCCUUGUUUGCAUAUAUUUCAUGACCAGUGCAUUGAUCAGUGGCUGAACAAGAGCCAUUACUGCCCAACUUGCCGCUUUGAGAUGCCAGCUUCAUGUGUCAAUUUCAUGCACUAGAGAUUUAUUAUUUAUCCUUGUAAUAUGUAGUAUUUUUUUUUUUCUGAUUUUUAUCGGUCAAACUGAUCUCAGUAACUGUUAAAUAUCAUCUAAACAAACUGUCCCUAAUUACUUCUGA